UUCUGAUUUGAGGACUGUAAAGGUAAUCCUUUGCUUUUAGUUCCAAAGAUCUGCCCCAAAGAUAGGCUGCUGCUCUUCUUCUGGAAAAGCCUGAUUGGUAGUUUUCCUCCAAGCGCUCAGUCUGAAGUGCUUUAUCCUAUUCCCUCGCCAACUUCAAAACUCAAGCUCUCCCAGGGCCUCUGGAAGGGAGUCUGUGGCUUCCAUCGAUUUCCCGCAAAUGGCUGAUCCUGGAGGUGGUGCAGUUUGCAAUGGGACGCUUCAUAAUCAGAGUGCCUCCGGCUGUCACCGGGGAAACUGCUGGAAGAACGGGGUGGUGAAAGAAUCCCAGCAAAAUGGAAAUUCAAAUUUUUACAAGCCAUUUGUGGAAUCCUUUGAGGAAGCACCUCUUCAUGUUAUGGUUUUCACUUACUUGGGAUAUGGAAUUGGAACACUGUUUGGCUAUCUCAGGGACUUUCUGAGGAACUCUGGAAUAGAAAAAUGCAAUGCAGCCGUGGAGAGAGAAGAGCAAAAGGAUUUUGUGCCACUGUAUCAAAACUUUGAGAAUUUUUAUACACGGAACCUUUAUAUGAGAAUCAGAGACAACUGGAACCGGCCCAUCUGCAGUGCCCCGGGAGCUGUGUUUGACGUGAUGGAAAGGGUGACAGAUGACUACAACUGGACAUUUAGGUUUACUGGAAGAAUCAUCAAAGAUGUCAUCAAUAUGGGGUCCUAUAACUUCCUUGGCCUGGCAGCCAAGUAUGAUGAAUCCAUGAGGACAGUAAAGGAGGUUUUAGAGACAUAUGGCCUAGGCGUGGGCAGCACCAGACAGGAAAUGGGAACCUUGGAUAAGCACAAAGAGCUGGAGGACCUUGUGGCUAAGUUCCUGAAUGUAGAAGCUGCUAUGGUAUUUGGGAUGGGAUUUGCAACAAACUCAAUGAAUAUCCCUGCACUCGUUGGAAAGGGAUGCCUCAUUUUAAGCGACGAGUUAAACCACGCAUCCCUAGUGCUUGGGGCCCGACUCUCAGGCGCGACCAUAAGGAUCUUCAAACACAACAACAUGCAAAGCCUAGAGAAGCUCCUGAGAGAUGCAGUCAUCUACGGCCAGCCUCGAACCCGCAGAGCUUGGAAAAAGAUUCUCAUCCUAGUGGAGGGCAUCUACAGCAUGGAAGGUUCCAUUGUGCGUCUGCCUGAUAUCGUGGCUCUGAAGAAGAAAUACAAGGCUUACCUCUACAUAGAUGAAGCUCACAGUAUUGGGUCCGUGGGCCCAACCGGCCGGGGUGUGGUGGAGUUCUUUGGAAUAGACCCCAGAGAUAUUGAUGUACUUAUGGGCACUUUCACCAAAAGCUUUGGAGCUGCAGGAGGUUACAUAGCUGGAAGGAAGGACCUUGUGGAUUAUUUACGGACUCACUCCCAUAGCGCUGCUUAUGCCACAUCCAUGAGCCCCCCGGUAGCAGAGCAAAUCAUCAGAGUGAUGAAACUCAUCAUGGGACUAGAUGGGACCACAAAAGGGCUGCAGAGAGUACAGCAACUGGCAAAAAAUACAAGAUACUUCAGACAGAGACUAAGCCAAAUGGGAUUCAUUGUGUAUGGCAACGAAGAGUCUCCUGUGGUCCCCCUGCUCCUUUACAUGCCUGCGAAAGUAGCGGCUUUUGCAAGACAUCUAUUAGAGAGAAAAAUCGGUGUGGUGGUCGUUGGAUUUCCAGCUACGCCCCUUGCAGAAGCGCGGGCUCGGUUUUGUGUCUCAGCAGCACACACCCGGGAGAUGCUGGACACGGUUUUGGAAGCCCUGGAUGAGAUGGGUGACCUCCUGGAUGUAAAAUAUUCCCGGAACAGGAAGUCAGCACGCCCGGAACUCUAUGAUGAGAUGAGCUUUGAACUUGAGGAUUGAGUUUCC